GAGAAUUUCAAGUAUGGGAAUGUAACCCUCAUGAUUCUACCUGAAGCAGAAGAACCCAAGAAGAGAAUUUAUGACCUUAACUAUGAAUACGACAACCAGUUCUACCUGAAUGGUCAGUUUGAUGAGUGGAGAGUCUCAACCAGAUGGGAUUUCACCGGAGACCAAAUACCAGCAUCAUCUGGAAAUAUCAGAAUUCAAACCAACUUCCCAGAGUAUGAAUUGAUUGAUGGAUACUGGGAAAUCCACCAGAAAGACAGCAUACAUUCCUUACAAUUUAAGGUCGACAUGAAACAAAAGGGAGUAAUAUUUCUUUCCUCGGGCUUUGAUAAUCAUCCUAGAGGUACUUCUGCCCCCUGGAAGGGCGUUAAACUAGACCUGCUCUUUGAUUCUCCAUUCACACUGACCCAUACUCUCCGCGCGCAAUACCAAACCAACCCGCUUAGAGCGUCAGCCACCUACAAACACGGCUUUGACACAUUCCAGGUUGACUUCACAACUAAUUUCCAGAACAACGAGGGCACGGUUGGGUUGACUGGUAACAUCCCCGUGCCAGGAAUCUCAGUCUUCAAGGUCGAUUUCAAGUACAAAUUUUCCGAUAAAUCUCAAAAUGUUGUUAAGUUCAAGGCAAAAAUCGAGGAAACAAUUCUAGCAGUCAAUGGGAAAGCCAAGAUGGAUUGGAGCAAUGGCAUAGUAGAGGCGACAGUUGCUUCUCCCUUCUUCAGCCCAGGGAGAGCGGAAUUUGAAUGGUCUACUGAGAAGACCCGCGUCACUUACUGGGCCAUGUUAGAGUACAAACAACAAGAAAUCAAAGCCAAGAUGGCCCUGGAACAAACGAGCAGAUUAGUGAAAUUGGACAUUUUUGUUUCAACUCCAUUUGAGGGAUGGAAGAACAUGAAAGUCCACAUAGGCUACUCUUGGUUACCCUCAGCAUUCACGUUUACAAGUGUAUUGACCAAGGAAGAAAUGCAGAUCUAUAACAUCAAAUCAUCAUUUUUGUUCAGUGAUGAGAAAGUGGCAUUUAGUAUCGAGGGAACUUUUGAACCUCUGAAAACUUCGGGAUUAUUGAUGUUUGAGUUUAGUAGCACUGAAAAUGCCUACGAAAUCAAAUUCCAAGAGCAGCUAAAUGAAUAUGAAGUUUUGGAAUUCCAUUUCGAAUUAGAUGAAUAUCAUUUGGAAAGCAGGCUAAAUUAUGGAACAUUGAAAAUACUUGAAAUGAGUUUUAAUUACUAUAAAGCAGAAGUGUUCUUUACAUGGGACAAAGGACAAUAUUUCAACAUCAAAGCCAAUCAUUCAAGUACAAAUGAUGGCCGUGAGUUUAACUUUUCAUUGAAAAUCUCGGAUAACCGACCAGUGACAGUACAGAUAACUUAUUCGUCAGCUGAUGGUCAAAAAGUAACUAUGAUUCUUGCUUUUGGUGACAGGAAAUACAAAUUGACUGGAAAACUUAAUGUUGAUAAUCGACAGUUACUUAUAUCUGUCAUAUUUGAAUCUUCUGAGGACGUAGAAAAUCCUGUUACCAUUGAGGCCAUGUUUGAUUUAUACGACUUUGCAAGAGGUAAAAUGAAAGCUGUGAAAGACCUAGCAAGGAUCAGCCUAGACUGGGGUGGCAAAAUGGAACUGUCUCUUUCAGGAAUGCGACAGAAAAAUGCAAUUAAGCUUACAAUGGACAUCACGACUCCAUAUGAGAUCCUACCAAAACUGAAUUUGAGCUUUGAAGUUGGCCAAAAGCGAAAACAAAAUUCUCUGGACGUAAAAUACCAGCUGUCCUGUGAAUGGUCGGAAAAGGUUGAACUCUCAGGUUCAUUGAAGUAUAAGAGUGACGACUUUUUAUUAAAGAAUGAGAUACAGACAACUUUCCCAGUAGUUGAAAAUCUUAAUUCUAAACUUUUGCUGAAGCCAAAGUACUUUGAGAUUGCUACAGAUCUGAAUGGAGAUGAAUGGAAGUUGUCCAUACGUGAGUACUCUUUCUCUUUACCAUUUUCACUAAAAGUGGACAUCAAGACCCCCCUAGAAGGUUACGAAAGUCUGUCUUUAACAAACUCCGUAAAACUCAAAAAUGGGGAACUCGAGGCUGAGAUCACAUUUAACUGGCCCGAAGAAAAACUCAUCACUUUGAAGAUCCAAGCAGAGAUGUGGAACUUGAAGGUCAAGCUGAAUACGCCAUGGACACCCCUGAGGGAAGUCAUUUUUAUUGCCUCUUUAAGGACUGAGAGUGAGGAAGUGUCAGCUAAGGUGACGCUCCAGUGGGAUGGCAGUAAGGUAGAAAUGACAUCUGAUGUGACUCCCAAGGAUGCUCGGAUUGUUGGAAAAUAUAAUAGUGGUGAAACUGAAGUAGCAUCCGUUAGAGUUGAAUACAUCAUCAAAGGCAGUAAUUUUGAGUUCGGGGUUGUUGUAGAGACCAUGUAUGAUGCCCUGAAGUUGUUUAGGACAAAUUUCCAGCUGGGGCCCCAGGGAAUCUCUCUUGAAGUACUGAUUAACGAGGUAAUGAGCCGUUUCAAGGGAAGUUACUCCGAGGGUGCAAUUAAAUUCAUCUUAGACAUUCCCUUCUUGUAUAAUUUCCAGUGGAACUUGGAGGCGAAGCAAGAUUGGACAAAACUAGACACAUAUUCAACCAUGACCUACCCAAAAGGUACCACACCAUAUAACAUUACCCUUAGUUAUGCCUUGCAAACAUCGUCACUUAUGGUAAUGUUUGAUGUUGCUGGAGAUGUAAAGAUUAUGUCUUUUGGUAUUGAUGUCUCAGAUAUUUGGAAGUUCUCCAUUGCGUACUUUGGUAGUCAGAUGGAGACAACCAUCAACCCAAAUGUUAAUGAUGUCAUGAACCUUAAAUUUGAAUCAACAGACUUAAGUUUAGAACAAGUAACUCUAGAUGUAAGUGUUGAUUAUGGCGAAUAUAUAAAUAUUUCAAGCAUUAUGACCACUGGUUUCAGAAACAUGAAUGUCUCUAGUCAUAUCAUGAACGUAGCUUACACCACUCAGGAAGAAAGUUUUGUCUUUGGUGCCGUCCUCACCAGUAGUUACAUUGAUGGCUCGUAUAAACUCGACACCAUUAUUCCCUUGAGGAAUAUUCUGGUUGAAAAAGGGAAAGCUGUUGUGUCUUUGUUUGUCGGAGAGCAGAAAUACAUAGUCUCAUAUGUGCAUGAUAACCUGGAUGACAUGACAUUCAGCAGAAGUUUGAGGAUUGAGUUUCCAGAUUGGACGGCAUAUUUCUCCACAAAUGUAACUGAUGAUUCCAUUACCAUCGUAUUCUCUUACCCAGAACCUUCCACUAAGCAUGAGCUAGUCAUUAUGUGGCCUGAACCUUCAGGUGCUGAGAACAUUCUGCUUGCGGCAGAACUCAAUUCACCCUACUUGGGUGAUGAUCCUGCUAAAUACGACCUGAAGUUUGUUGUUUUGGAUGAGCUGCAUUUUACAGUCGACUCUGAGUUUUCACACGGAACAAAGAAAAUUGAUAUUGAAGGAGAACUACAAUACAACGACGACUUGAGAGAAAUUACUUAUAACACAAAGAUUAGAUCAGAUUGGAUUGGCGACUAUGCAGUUGAUGUCAUUAUUCAGUGGUUAAAGAACAUUGCUUUGGAUGCUACUCUAAAAAUCCAUGGAGAGAGGCAUAACCUCAACCUCAUAAUUGACCCAGAUACUCAUGAGGCUUCUGCAAAAGCCAGUUCGUCAUGGAUCCCCUAUGAGAACGUGGAAUUCAUGGGCAGUCUUGGCAAGGAUUUGACGCCAUCGAACAUGAACGUUGAGGGUAAGCUUAGCCUCGGUGAUGGGGAGAUUCUUGUGGAGGGAAGAUUCCAGAAUAAUGGAAUGGAGAGUCUCAAAUCACAUGUAAAUAUUACACGCAAUAUGAAGGAAAUGUUCUCAGCAGAAUUAGACUUUGGAAAUGACGGACGUGAAGUUACUUUAUCAUUUAUUGUAACAAGCGUUGUUCCUGAAAUCAACACAUCAGUGAACGCAAAUUACGAAAACUAUGGAAGCAAGAACCUUCGCGUCGACGCUCGAGGCUUUCUAGCUUUAUAUAAUCAUUUGAUUGUAGAUAUUGACAUUGGAGAAACAUGGUAUGAUAACCUCCGAGUAUAUUUGUAUAUUAAGGAGCUGAUGUAUUUGAAUUAUAGUUUAUUAUUAGUCGAUCGUGACUUUUCUACUGUAUUUGAUUUUUCAUCAGGAAAGACUCUAAUACGGGUAACGGCUGAUUACAACAUUAGUGUUGAAAAUCACUUCACGAUGAAAAUUGAUAAUUCAGUGUUACCUUUAGAAAAUGUACAUUUCCGCAUGCCUUGGCCGGUGACGUUUGAAGAAACACAAAUUCAUAUUUCAUUUGUUUAUGAUGCAGAAUACGCCAUGUUCGACGUUUCUGCCGAUAAAGACUGGGAUUGUUUGGCCACUGUUAUCACGCCAUUCAGAGGCUAUGAGAAAUUUGUUUUCAAGUUCUUAUUCUCUACAGAUAAUACACCAGCCUUUGUGGCAAUGGUAGAAUAUCCAGGUGGGAAACUGGGUAUAGAAGCCGUGUAUAGAUCCCUCUAUGAUGCCAAGUUCGUCGUAUCCCUACCCCUGGAGAAGUAUGAUAUCAUAGCUUUCCAACUUAGUUUGGUAAAUGGAGAACACUGGAUAGCAGAAGCAAGGGUUGGUAAAGUUGGCUUCACAGUGUCUUUCCGGACCUUGUAUCAGUUUCCGUUUACUUGCUUUGAAAUUGUCUUGCGGCUGAAUGAGAUGAGUAUUCAAGGCUGCAUCACAGAGAGACAUAGUGCAAAAAGAUCUGGGGUGGAAAUACAUCUUGAUUUUGAAUCUAUAGAUGUUAUAAAUAUACAUACACUAGAUAUGAAGUUAGUCAGAGUUGUCAGUGAGAUGGAUAUAUUUAUUUUUAAAACUGACUUGGAAGAAUUAAUCAAAUUGCAGAUAGCUGAGGGAAAAGAAAAUAUAUUUGCUCUAACAACACCUAAAAGUUUACCAAUCUUUUUGGUGGUCAACUUGCAAAAUUCUGAAAAAGUCAACGAAUGCCGUGUGAAAGUGGGUAUGUAUGACCCAGUCGCAAACUUGGAAAAUUACGGAUUCCACGUUCGGCAAGAGUCCUUGGAGGGAGGCCACCAUUUCUCCCUUUCUGGCGAUGUUCCCGAAAAUAACUUCUAUGCCGAGGGUACCCUGUCCUUGAAUUACUACCACUUGAACGAGAGUUUGGUCUUUGAACUCAACAAGAACAGAAUUGGUUACAGAUCCACCUUCCAAGUUCAUCCUGGAAUUUUUAAGGACGAAUAUACAGGUGAUGUUGAGGUGAUGUUGCCUGCUCAGAUUGUACACUGGAACAUGUCUGCUAUUUGCGGCUCAAGCGAUGUUGCUCUACAGUCAAGAUUUACCUGGAAUGAACUUGCUGAAGAGGUUGAGGCUAUGAAUUUUAUGGUCAAUUACAACGACAAUACAAUAUUUGGACAAGGGGAGCAUCACAUGAAGGUUGUUUUCAUGCACCCAGAUAUCAAGGACAUUGUCUUCGAGGGCAAUGUUACCCAGUACGAGGACUUCACCGUUUCUGGAAUGGCUGAAUUCCUUGACGAAAACAUUCCAGAAAUGAAUAUCACUUUGGCCUUUGAUAUGCAUCCUGCCAUGGAUGAUGGAAAGCUCCACUUUACAGGCAACAUAUCUCAAUUGUCAUCUGGAUUUUUGGCUAUGAUUGAUACCAGAGUUUUGAACACACCCUCUGUGAGGCAGGGUGACUACUCGGUCAAAUACUGGAGCCUUACCAAGGAGUCCUGGGAAGAGCUGCGCUUGUCAACUGCUCUCAACACCACGGAAGAAGCAUAUGAUUUUGCAGUGGAUAUCUCUACGUCAGAUGAUGACUGGGGAUACGCAUAUAGAGGUGGCAUCUAUUCAUGGGAAGAGUCCGGCGCAUUUUUGCUGGGUGGGAGUUCGAAGAAAUAUCAGGACUUCUGGGAGAUCGAAUCGAGGAUCAACAAGUACAUGCCAGAAUUCAAUUUGCAACUGGGUGUCGGCCAAGGGAAGCACGAGCCCUACGAACAACGAAGGCUGCGGUUAGGCCUACACAACCCGCUCGAGAUGGGAGCUGUUUUAGACCACAGGAAGUUCGGGGAGUGGCGGCAAGAUGGCAUCAUUGGACUGCGACUGAAGGCGCAACACAUUCUCCAAUUUGUGCUAGAGUACGACCCGUCUCUGGACUCCAUGGACGACUAUUUCCUGAAGAACUUAAUUUCUCCAGCGGACCGAAUCUCCGGGAUGUGGUGGCGUGACCUGAGCGCGACCCCGCAGGCGGUUCAGGACUGGGUUCUGGCCGAGGGUCCGACGGCCAUUGAAGUUCUUGUUAACAAGCCCAUACUCUUUAAAUUGCUGGAGAAAGAAGGAGAGAAGCUAAUGAUGUUGAUAAGUGAUGUUGACGCCACUUUCGCCGAUAUCAGUCUCCAAGCAGCGACAAUCUGGACAUCGGUUAUUGAACCAUCACUUGACAUCACUUACAGCUACGGAAGCGCCAUAUACGCUCAGACAUCCGAGGCUCUCAGUGGCUUCUUCGAGAUACUGACACAGCAAGUAGGCGACUACGCCAGUCAGCUGACGAUGCUGGCGAUGGACGAGUGGGCGAAGGUGGAGGAAGGCUUCUGGAUUAUCUACAACCAGUGCGCGGCUUUGGGGGCGAGAGCUAACGACACAAUUGCUAGAGGUAUUCACGGCCGUCAGCGAUGCGAUGGUCACCGGUUGGACGACCUGCCUUGAGGUCACACAGGCUGUCCUCUCGUCGGUGCAGGCUGUGAGCGAACCCGUCUUCAUGGUCCUCUUUGAAACGUUCGCGAAAUACAUCGAAGACUUGGGCGCAGUUUUGGGCGGACAGUGCGGACAGGAGCUCAGUUCGAGAUUCGCGGAGAUGGUGGCAUCACUGGAGCAA